UGCAAAAUAACAAAAAAUACUAUACUUAGAGGGUGCAAGGUGGAAUUAAGCCAAGAUGUACAUGUAGAAGCGCCGAUUCGACAUUUCCCGCAGAGCAGCAAAUCAGCCGUCAUCUCCUCCUCGAACCGAACGGCAAUGGCGGACGAGAAGCAAAGCAUAUACAAAAUAGCGAGGAAGAUUAAACGGAGAGAGAGUACACUCUACAACGCCCUGCGAUCAAUCUACGAGGACUCCAUCUUCGUCGGAGAAAUCUCUCAGCUCUGGCCGGAGCUGCCGCUCGUCGCCAAUCUCCGAUGCGGACUUUGGUACUCUCCCAAGUUCGAUUUCAAUUGCUACUUCAAAUCCACCGACGGCCACACCAACAAUUUAUCUUUCAACACCUCCCGCCUAAAUCUACACGUUGCCCUCCUCGCAGGACAGAGGGGAGGAUGCAUAAUAGUGGAUUCAACUCGAAAGGGGAAGAGGUUUCCCGACAGCAUGUCCAAGACUAUUCCAAUUUGGACAUGUGUUUUAAAUCGAGCGAUUUUCAAUUAUCGAACAAGACUGGACAAACACGAUUCUCCAGAGAAUGAAUCAACCACUUCAAAUGACGAGAUCGACAAUCUUGGACAGCACUCUUCUGGUUGGGAUUGUUCCUUGCAUCUCCCUCUCUGGGUUUCGGAAACCGAGAAAUCAAUGAUCGAAAAACGUUUGGAACAUUGGACAAACGAAUUUGAGUCAAGUGGAGCUGAUAUCGCCUCUAUUGCAUCAUCACUAAGAAAACCCCUAAGACCGUUAUGGAUUUCACAAAGAACUGUUAUCUGGUUGAACGAAGUACCCGAGUUUGAUUCAUGGGAUUUUACACCAAUUAUACUUGUUUCGGCAUCUUCCUCAAGUGGUAUUUUUCAGCAGCGAACGACCUCUGAAUUUAGUUGGAAUUAUAUUUCUGGAGCUGGAGAUGAUGAGGAAAGUUGGGCUAGGGGUCUAUCGCCCAAUGUGUUUUGGAAACAUGCAUAUGAUGUUAUAAGCUCGGGUCCCGAUUUGUGCAAUCAGAAGAUUGCAGAUUUGAUUGAAAAAGAACGAGUUCGUCGUGCUCAAAGGGGGGAAAUUGCCCCUCAGGUGUCUGUUAGAAAUUUAAAAGGUUCGGGAAGCACAAGUGAGUUUCCCAUAGAGGAGUUCUUAGAGUUGGAUAACGGAAUUGUGGCUGAGGGUGAGAGGUCAAGUGAUGGUCAUGGCAUAUCUUUCUUGGGCUCGACUAAUAUUGCAGUUGGAAAAUCUCGACUAGCCAUGGAAGUACCUCCUGCCUACUCCAUAUUAAACUGUGAUAGGGAGUCGUUUUCUGUUUCCCUCGACAACCGUGAAAUGUAUUUGCACUUGCCGAUAAUGGACUCCAAAAUUGAUCGGUCUUUGUUGAGGAAUCUCCCUUCUGCUCUGAACUUUGCCAAGUCUCAGUUGAUAAAAGGGAAGACACUUCUAAUUUGUUGCAACAACGGAGAAGAUAUAAGCAUAUGCAUUUGUUUGGCUAUUUUGACAUCGUUUUAUGACGAAGCAGGGCACUUCGACGAAGGGAAAUCUUUCAGCAAGACACGUAUCACUAAAUCAGAGUUGCGGAAAAGAUUAGUAUUUAUAUGUAAAUAUGCUGUGAAUGCGAGGCCAUCGAGAGGGAACUUGAAACAAGUUUUUGCUUGUCUUAGCGGAGGAGGAUGUGUUCCUUGUCUUUCUUCGUAAGAAAUUGUUUUUAAGGUAUAGAUAGAAGCUAGUCAAGAACAGAGAUAUGCCAAACCCUAGUGCUAUUAUUUAUUACAAAAUUAAAUGUCUUGUAAAAGAUCUUGAUUUUCCUGAAAUUUUGAAAA